GUCACGUGACGCCGCGGCCCAAGAUGGAGCCGAUCCGCACUGGACGGGUUUAGGAGCCGUUGCUGUGGACGGAGUGACAGGGACGUGAGCGGACAUUGAGCGCGGCCAGGGUGCCAGUGAGCCCACCCCCCCCCCCCCCCCCCCAUCUGCUGGGUGUAUGGGCUGAGCUUCAAUGGAGGACCACAUGAUGGUGCACAACAAGGAGAAGCGCUAUGAGUGUGACGUGUGUGGCAAGACCUGGCAGAGCCCGAGCCGGCUGGAGUCCCACCGACGGGUGCACACGGGAGAACGCCCCUUCGAUUGCUUGGAGUGCGGCAAGAGCUUCACCUUCAAUAGCCAGCUGCAGCGGCACAACCUCGUGCACUCCGGCGAGAGGCCCUUCACCUGCUCCGACUGCGGCAAGAGCUUCAAGACGGCGAAUGAGCUGAAGAGACACCGGCGGAUGCACACGGGUGAGAAGCCCCAUGGCUGCUCCACCUGCGGCAAGAGCUUUGCCCAGUUGUCGGUGCUGCAGGUGCACCGGCGGGUGCACAGCAGUGAGCGGCCCUUCACCUGCUCCGAUUGCGGCAAAGGCGCAGUCGGCACCAGUGCUGAAGAAGCACCAGCGUGUGCACACCAGUGA